AUGAGUCUCUCCAUUCACGUUAUCGCUGCCGCCGGUUUGAAGGAUGUCGAAACUAUGGGUAAACAAGACCCUUAUGUUCAAUGCUCUUUGGAUUUUAAUAACAAGGAAGCCUACUUGAAGACCUCUACGAAGAAGAAUGCUGGUCAGGAAGCUACCUGGAACGAAGCUUUCUCCGUCGCCUACAACGGAGAAUCUGACCUCUACGUCGAAAUUCUUGAUGAGGAACACGCCGUCGACGAAGUGAUUGCUUUCGCUGCUAUUCCCCUCGACCAAGUCCACAAUGCUCCCGGCGGUAAGUUGAACGGUAUCUUUGACGUGUACAACACUAAGGGUGAUGCUGCUGGUAAGAUCCACUUGCAACUCUCUACUCAAGGUACUGGCAGCUUUGAUGAUAAGCCUGUCGAUGCUAGAAGCUAUGUUAACGACGAACACAAGGCCCACAUGAAGUCUACUAACAGAAAGGCCGCCGCUGUCUCUGCUGGUGGCACUGUCCUCGGUGCUGGUCUUGCUAUUGCUGCUGGUUUGCUUGGUCAAAGACUCCAACAGAAGAAUGCUGAACAACAAUAG